CGCUGUACAUCCGCAGCCGCGCGGGAGUCUCGUGUUGUCGAAGCACAGCCCGUCGGGUUUGGCAGAACCACCGAGAGCAGCGAUGACUGUCGAACCGAUUCGCUCGACUCUGAGCACCGUCUCGACGGAGGACACCUCUCUGGUGCUGCCGUCCGACAAAAAACAGCAGACGGGGCAGCAGCGCGUCCUGGAGCAGGUGAAGUCCAUUAAGAGAAGCAAGUCGAAGAUGGUCAAGAAUGACUCAAUCCCGUCGCCAACAUCUCCGGCAUCGGCGACAGAAUACAGUGAGCCUAAAUUCCAGUUCUCGCCUACAAAUAUGAACGGCACACUCUUCAAAUUUAGCGGCUCCAACAUGACAGCAAGCCACAGCAGAAUGACUGGUCGCAGCUUGUCUGUGCGCAACACAGUGAGAAGACAGAUGCAGAACAGCCAGUGGGAGCCUCAGAUGAACUGGAAUGCACAGUCUCAGUUCAAUGGGAUGAGAUGCGGUGACAGUGACCCAGCCAUGAAUAAGGCAGGCAGCACAAUUACCCAGCAGUCCAAAGUGAGGUCUACUACCGUGCGAUAUAACCGAGCAACUGGACAAUCCAUGAGACUCCAGGAGAAUAACCAGCUGGCUCAAUCACAGACAAUCAUCAAACCUUCUCUCAGCCAAUCACAGACAGUGAGGAAAGUCACCGCGACCAAGAGCAAAUCAGCAGCACUGGGUGCGAGUGGUGCCGAGGGAUCUGUGCCUAACAUCACUCUGCAGGAGGCAGUGGAGUACCUGUCACACUCAGACAUCAGCCAUCAGCUCUGUGGAGCUUCAUUCAUACAGUACCAGACCUUCACUGAAGACCAAGCCAAACAAGAGGUUUGGCGUUUGGGAGGGAUUCCUGCUCUCAUUCAGUUGCUGAAAAGCGACAAUUCACAGCUGCACCAGACCGCCGCCGCUGCACUGCGCAACUUGGUUUUUAACGACAACAAUAACAAGCUUGAAGUGGACAGUUGUGAAGGAAUAGAGGCCAUUCUGACCUUGCUCGGAAACACCAACGUUACAGAAACGCAUCAACAACUCACUGGUCUGUUGUGGAAUCUGUCCUCGGCUGAUAAACUGAAGACAGAGCUGAUCAAGAACGCCCUGCCACUGCUUACAGAAACCAUUGUGGUGCCGUACAGCGUUUGGACUGACAUCAACACUAACAAACACAUUGACCCCGAGGUCUUCUACAACACCACCGGCUGUUUAAGAAACCUCAGCUGUGCUGGAGAGGAGGAGAGGAUAUCAAUGAGGAGCUGCCCGCAACUUAUCGACUCUCUCGUGACUUACGUUCAGACUCAAAUGGAUACAGGCGAGCCAGAUGACAAGUCGGUGGAAAACUGUGUCUGCAUACUUCAUAACUUGAGCUACCAGCUGGAGAAAGAGGCUUCUGAUCACUUCACACAGUUCUCUGUUCUUGAUGAGAGACUGAACGAGAACAAUAAGAAAAAGAGCCUCUUCAGCCCCAAGAGCUCCAAGACCCAAAAGGACUUCAACUUCCCAGCCAUGGAGAAGGAAAAUCCUGAAGGAGUGAAUUGGUUGUACCACCAGAAGUCCCUGCAGCUGUAUCUGUCACUGCUGGGCUGCAGUCAGAAUGAGGCCACUCUUGAGGCGUGCUGUGGAGCCCUGCAGAACCUGACCGCUUCAAAGAGCCCUUUGUCCACUCUGAUGAGUCAAAGCAUCAUAGAGAAGCUGCAAGGCCUGUCUGUCAUUUCACACCUGCUGAAAGCAGCAAACCCAGGCCUACAGAAGACCACCAUGUCCUUAGUGGGCAACAUGUCCCGGGUGUCAUCUCUGCGGGGAACUAUGGCCAAGGAAAUUAUUCCCAUGGCCAGUUCUGUUCUCUUGAGUGUGACGCCGAACAUGUUCGAGUCUGACAGCACCAUCGCUACAGCGUGCCGUGUGAUGCAAACGCUCAUGCUGGCAGAGCCCGACAGUAGCAAGAAGAUGAUCAACGUGAAACUCAUCGACUCUCUGAGCGCGCUGAGCUCAAAUAUGUUAUUCGAGACAGGCAGAAAAGCUGCUGGAGUUCUUCUCUGGAGUAUGUGGGGGCAUAAAGACAUCCAGAAUGUGCUGAAAAAGCAAGGGAUGAAAAAGGACACGUUUAUAAAUGCCGUCACUGCUACAGCGUACAAGGAUGCAACACGCAUGAAAGGAUACUGAGAGAUGUGCAAGUGAGUGGAAAGAUAGUUUGUUUUAUUUUAUUGCCUUGAUUCUGAAACCUUUCAUACUCCUACUUAAUAUGAUUUUUUUUUGUAUUUCAGUUUUGCAGUACUGCAGGAAGCCACAGAGUUUCAGAAUACUGUCCUGCCUUCAUACAGUGGAGAUCAAAAUUAGAGACCAAUCUAUAAAUACUUGUUUUUUUCUGAAA